AUUUGGGACUACAAUCCAUCCAUCGUAGCAGGUGCAAUUGGGACCAGUGUCUGCGGGCUCCUUACACUCCUCCAUACUUGGCGGCUGAUAAGAAAUCGUACUGGGUUCUGCGUGCCUUUCGUUGUCGGUGGAUUGUUCGAAACCAUUGGCUACGCCGCUCGAAUUGGAGCCCAUAAUAAUACAAAAUCCUUAGUACCAUACGUCAUUCAAUCUCUCCUUCUUCUCCUUGCGCCAAUUUUCUUCGCUGCAUCGAUAUAUGCCAUACUCGGACGCCUUGUGCAACGUCUCAAUGGCGACGACAUUUCUCUCAUUCACCCUUCCAUCAUGACGCAUUUUUUCGUCUACGGAGAUGUGCUUUGCUUCUUGAUUCAAAGCGGCGGCGGCGGUAUACUAUCGCAGGCAAAGAGUCAAAGUGCCAUGAAUUUUGGCAGGACCACAAUCCUUGUUGGCCUUGGUCUGCAAAUUUACAUCUUUUGCUUCUUUGUGAGAAUUGCAGUGAGCUUUCACGGAGAUCUACGAGCGUAUCCUACUACAGCUUCUAAGAAUGGGACGUUCCCAUGGCAAAGAUAUAUGAUGUUGCUGUAUGUGGCGUGCGCUUGUGUUGGAGUGAGAAACACAUACCGCGUGGCAGAGUAUGCGAUGGGAAAGGGCGGGUUUCUCAUGGUUCACGAAUGGCCUCUUUAUGUGGGUGAUUUUGCCCUUAUGGUCGUUACUCUUAUUGUCUGCUUGGCUUGGUAU